AAAUUACAUUCUCACUUGCAUGUGUAGUUUUGAGGCCUUGACAUUUUCAUGACCUCUCUAGUUUUAUCAUUGUAGCAUGUCAUGCAAGUGAGCAACCAGUUUUAGCUUCCUUUCUCUUGCUUUUUCCUUUUUCUACUUCUUUCCAUUUACUUUGGAUUUUGAUACGUGUUCAAGUGUUCAACUUACAUUUAGAAAUUUGAGAUAAGUCAUAAUUCAAGAGUGCCCAAAUUUUAUAUAAUUAGCUCCUUUAUACUAAUCUCUUUUUUAGUCAAGUUUCUUUUUCUGUUCAAUCAAUCAAUUAAUCAUGGUUUCACCCGCAGCCAUUCGCUUUGCAGCUGGAAUUAUUGGAAAUGUUACAGCUUUGUUCUUGUUCUUGUCUCCACUGCCAACAUUCAUCGGAAUAUGCAAGAAGAAAACGGUGGGACAAUACUCAUCGGUGCCAUACUUAGCCACAUUUGUGAAUUGCAUGCUUUGGGUGGUGUACGGGCUGCCUUUUAUCCACCCGAAUAGCACUUUGGUGGUGACCGUAAAUGGGGCGGGCUUUUUUAUCGAGCUGGUCUACUUGACCCUCUUUGUAGUUUACUCAGACAAGAAAAAUAAGAUCAGGAUUAUACUAAUUGCAAUUGUUGAAAUCAUAAUUGUGGGAAUUAUGACUGUCUUGGUCUUAAAUUUAACUCAUACCACUAAACGUAGGUCUUCAAUUGUUGGUAUGAUUGCCAUCGUUUGCAACAUCAUGAUGUACGCCUCCCCUUUGUCCGUUAUGAAAUUGGUUAUUACGACAAAAAGCGUGGAGUACAUGCCAUUUUCCUUGUCAAUCGCUUCAUUUGCUAAUGGCAUUGCAUGGACCAUCUAUGCUUUGUUUCCCUUGGAUCCUUAUAUUGCCGCGCCAAAUGGGCUGGGCACAAUAUUCGCACUGGUCCAACUAGUACUGUAUGCAACGUACUACAAGUCCACUAAAGAACAAAUAGCAGCGAGGAAAGCCAAAGGUGCAGUGGGCCUAACUGAAGUUGUGUAUGGAGACUCUGCAAAAGUGGGCCAAGUAACCCAUACUGGACGGGCCCAAAUUCCAUGACAGUCCAACCCAAUUGUCUGCUAAUGGAGUGAGCUUGGUUUUGAAGCUGCACCACCUGACCUGAUCAAGUUGUGGCCUUGUGGGACCCCUUUUAUGAUUCGUUAUUAUGGAUAACGCAUGCAAUUUUUUUACCAGUUUUUUAACCCGUUUUAUUAAUUAUGUACGGGAUUUUUUAAUUUCUGAUGAAUAAUGUAACAACUAGCCAUGUAUUACAUCCAAAUAAUAAAAUUUGUACGAGGAAGUAUUGUUAUGAAGAAAAA